GCGUGGCGCCUGCCGCCCGCCCGCCAGCCCGCCCGCGCAGUGAAAGUCACCGAGCGCCCGUGCCACCGGCCUCUGGGACCAGUUCGCGGUCUUUCUUCUGCUCAUUCACCGUACGUGCCCGAGGGGGUGUGUAAAAAGAGGGUUCCAGACCAAAAUCAAAAAAAAUGGUUGACCUCACGCAGCUAAUGGAGAAUGAAGUAUUCAUGGCCUUUGCCUCCUACACAACGAUUGUUCUUACAAAAAUGAUGUUUAUGAGUACUGCAACUGCAUUCUAUAGAUUGACAAGAAAGGUUUUUGCCAACCCAGAAGACUGUGCAGGCUUUGGCAAAGGAGAAAAUGCCAAGAAGUAUCUUCGGACAGAUGACAGAGUGGAACGUGUACGAAGAGCCCACUUGAAUGACCUCGAAAAUAUCGUACCAUUUCUUGGUAUUGGCCUUCUGUAUUCCUUGAGUGGUCCAGAUCUUUCUACUGCCAUCCUGCAUUUCAGACUCUUUGUUGGAGCACGAAUCUACCACACAAUUGCGUAUUUGACACCCCUUCCCCAGCCAAAUCGAGGUUUGGCUUUUUUCCUUGGAUAUGGAGUUACACUGUCGAUGGCUUACAGAUUGCUGAGAAGUAGGUUUUACCUGUAAAGAGAAUCAUACAACUCAUCAUCCAAUGAUUUUUUAAGAAAUCUGUACUUCCAAUUUGUAAUGAAUGUUUUUUAAGAUUUAUGUGGGAAGGGAGCAAAAAAAUUAAGAUAGGGAAAACCUAGUCUGAAUAUUAAUCUCACCAAUAUCCUUUAUUCUUUUUAAUAUUUGCAGUAGAAAUUUAACAUAAUUUUUAGCUCUCUUGUCUUAUUUUAAAGUACUUUGUUGGAAAUUUUGAUUGUAAUUUGUAGCAUUUGUUCGUAUUUUAAAUCUUUUAAAAGAGUAAAAGUACAUGUAUGUUAAACCUGUAUUUCAAUAUUGUUGAAAUUGGCAUAUGAAAUAAAGAAUUUAAAGAAUAAUUUCACUUGGUUUUAUUUUCCUGAAUAUAUUUUCAAAAGUUUCAAACCUACAGAAAGUAGGUUUGAACUUUUAUAUGUCGUUCACCUAGAUUUACCAAUUGUUAGCGUUUCCCCAUGUUUGCUUUAGGUCUGUCACUCAGUGUUUCUUCUUCUGAGGAAUUUGAAAGUAAGUUGCAGAUAUUGUAUCAUGUGUUUAACAUACUUCACUCCUAAACACUUUAACAUGUAUCUCCUAUGUACAAAGCAAUCUCCAAAUAACCAUACCGUUAUCACACCAAAGAAAUUUCACUCUAAUACAAUAUUAUUUAACAUAUACAGCUUAUAGUUAAAGUUUCCCCAAGUUUUCCAAUAAUAUCUGUUAAGACUGUUUAGUUUUUGACCCAGAAAUCAAACAAGGAUGUCACACUGGCUUUUGUUAUCAUUUCUAUUUAGUUUUCAAUAAAAUGGAUGAGUUCUUUCAUG